AGCCGGUCUUUUCGGUCAGUCAGUGACGCCCGUCUGGCCAGGAAGGUCGACGCAGGUUGAACUAAUAUUUGCCCAACCCACUACCUACUAAUAACCAUUAGAAGCAGCCAGCCACCAGUUGGCACCAGUUGCCCGUGGUCCGAGGUUUUGUGAAUCAAGCCCCUCCAGCUCCAGCUCUGCCAGAUUAUCAAGACGACCAUCUUCAGUGGCUUAUUUAUUCUAGCGUGAUCAUCAAAUACGAUCUGAAGUCUGCAGCACAGAACGCAACAGUACAGAAUUUUUGCUUCCGCAGUGUUCGUGUCUAGCGAAAGGUGACAGCAGUCAACGAAUCCCGGAUGGCCACCGUUUAGUGUAAAUUUCCUGUGUUUCGGUGAAGAUUAAAAGAACAAACAUAAAUUGCACUGGUACAAAUAGAGGUUUUUUUUGGGAAUCGGUGAAAAUGAUACUUCAGGCUGGAAAACUACGAUCAUCGACGGCGGUAUCAGUGCUCUUGUUCAUAUACAUAACGGUGGUAUCUUCUGAGAGUGGCGCUCAACGGCCUCGCCACCAGACCAACCAGCUUCAGCAGCCCAGCAGCCAAUUCCCUUCCGAGCCAACGGAUCCGGUUCCUCUGAGCAAUGAUUUCGACUGGAAGCUAGUCAAGGAAGUGUUCCGGCACGAGCAGCACAACACCAUCUUUUCACCGUUCUCGGUCAAAUUGUUGCUCACACUGCUGCACGAGGCCUCCGGCGAGAAUAGCACCACCCGCAGGGAACUCUCACGUGCCCUGGCCGGGUCAAACCUGGAGAAGAACCGGCAGGUGUAUCAGGAUUUCCUCGAAAGCUCCACGAAAGAAAACACCGACUACGAGUUCAACAUUGGGACUCAGAUUUUCGUGGAUCGAACCACGGCCAACGUCACCGAUGCCUACCGGGAGCUGGUGGAACGUUGCUACAAAACUGGCAUCGUGCCGGUGCGAUUCGAGGAGUCCCAGAAGACGGCGGCCAAGGUCAACGAGUGGUGCUCCGAAAUAACCCGGGGUCACCUGAGCGAUCUGGUGGACGAAGAUUCCAUCAAAAAUGCAGUGAUGGUUAUCGCUAACGUACUGUUCCUGAAGGCAUCCUGGCGCAGCUCCUUCCAGGAAGAACUAAGUCACGAUCGACCGUUCCAAACCACCCUGAAUCAAUGGAUCGAAGCACCUUUCAUGGAGCAAACCGAUAUCUACGAGUACUGGGACGAUCAGGAGCUGCAACUGGAAAUGCUCCGGUUGCCCUACAAGGGGCGACACUUCUCCAUGAUUAUGGUCCUGCCGUAUGCCAACUCGUCCCUGACUCGGGUCGUCGAAUCCCUGACGGCCGACGUUCUGCUCAAGCUGGAAUCCAAAAUGGUUCGCGAGGAAGUUGUGGUUGUGAUACCCAAGUACAAGUUUGAUUUCGGAACUUCGUUGAAUGAAAUUCUUCAAUCGCUUGGAAUAUCGGAGAUCUUUAGUGAACGAGCAUCAUUACCGCAGCUUUCCGGUGGUCAAAAUUCUACAUUGCAAGUUUCGAAAGUUCUACAAAAAGCCGGUAUCGAGGUGAACGAGAAAGGCACUUUGGCUGUUGUUGCAACAGAAAUUCAGCUUGUUAAUAAAUUUGGACUAGAUGACAGUCCCACUCGAUUCGAAGCGAAUCGACCGUUCCUGUUCUACAUCAAGGAUGAGGAUUCCGAUGCCAUGCUAUUUGUUGGCAAGGUUCACAAUCCAGCGCCAGUAAAGAUGGCUGAACUCAAGGGAGUAUUGAAAGGAUUUCAUUGAAACUAGUGACCAUCGUAGGAAGUGGUUUUAGAAUAGAGACUACUUUUUAGAAUUCAAGCGGUGCUCUGCUUAAACUUCAAUGUUCCCGGAUUUGCAAGUAGAUCUUUCGAAGACGUGACAGAAAAAAAUGCAAUAAAUACUCUUUUAAAUCAAAA